AUGAGCGUCGCGCUGCGGGAGCUGGGCGGCGGCACCAUGGUGGAGUACAGACGCGCCUCGCUCCGGGAUGAGGACGCCUCCGAGACCCCCGUGGAGGGCGGGGCCUCGCCGGACGUCAUGGAGGUGGGAUUCCGGAAGAGGACAAGACAACUCUUUGGCCGGCACACAAGGCUGGAGCUGAUCUUGGCAGGUGUUUCUCUACUGCUGGCUACGCUGCUUCUGGGCUGCCUGGUGGCCCUGGGGAUUCAGUAUCACAGAGACCCAUCUCACAGCACCUGCCUCACAGAGGCCUGCAUUCGAGUGGCUGGAAAAAUCCUGGAGUCUCUGGAUCGAGGGGUAAGCCCCUGUGAGGACUUUUACCAGUUCUCCUGUGGAGGCUGGAUUCGAAGGAACCCCCUGCCUGAUGGGCGUUCUCGCUGGAACACCUUCAACAGCCUCUGGGACCAGAACCAGGCCGUGCUGAAGCACCUGCUUGAGAAUACCACCUUCAACUCUAGCAGUGAAGCUGAGAGGAAGACCCAGCGCUUCUACCUGUCCUGUCUACAGGUGGAACGCAUUGAGGAGCUAGGAGCCCAGCCUCUUCGAGACCUCAUUGACAAGAUUGGUGGUUGGAACAUUACGGGGCCCUGGGAGCAGUACAACUUCAUGGAGGUGCUGAAGGCAGUAGCGGGGACCUACAGAGCCACUCCGUUCUUCACUGUCUACAUCAGUGCUGAUUCUAAAAGUUCCAACAGCAAUGUCAUCCAGGUGGACCAAUCUGGACUCUUUCUGCCAUCUCGAGAUUACUACUUAAAUAGAACUGCCAACGAGAAAGUGCUCACUGCCUACCUGAACUACAUGGAGGAGUUGGGAAUGCUGCUGGGUGGACAGCCAGCCUCCACCCGGGAACAGAUGCAGCACGUGCUAGAGUUGGAGAUACAACUGGCCAACAUUACAGUGCCUCAGGACCAGCGGCGAGAUGAGGAGAAGAUCUAUCACAAGAUGAGCAUCGCGGAGCUGCAGGCUCUGGCACCCUCCAUAGAUUGGCUUGAGUUCCUGUCUUUCUUGCUGUCACCUUUGGAAUUGGGUGACUCUGAGCCUGUGGUGGUAUAUGGGACAAAUUACUUACGGCAGGUGUCAGAUCUCAUCAACUGCACGGAACCGAGUAUCUUGAACAAUUACCUGAUCUGGAACUUGGUUCAGAAGACCACCUCGAGCCUGGAUCGACGUUUUGAAUCCGCACAAGAGAAGCUGCUGGAGAGCCUGUAUGGCACCAAGAAGUCCUGUACACCAAGAUGGCAGACCUGUAUCUCCAACACAGAUGAUGCUCUUGGCUUUGCCUUGGGCUCCCUGUUUGUGAAGGCUACAUUUGACCGACAAAGCAAGGAAAUUGCAGAAGGCAUGAUCAGUGAAAUCCGGUCUGCUUUUGAGGAGGCCCUGGGACAGCUGGUUUGGAUGGAUGAGAAAACCAGGGAGGCAGCCAAGGAGAAAGCAGAUGCUAUCUAUGAUAUGAUUGGUUUCCCGGACUUCAUCCUAGAGCCCAAAGAGCUAGAUGAUGUGUACGAUGGGUAUGAAGUUUCUGAAGACUCCUUCUUUCAAAACAUGUUGAAUUUAUAUAACUUCUCUGCUAAGGUGAUGGCUGACCAGCUCCGCAAGCCUCCCAGCCGUGACCAGUGGAGCAUGACCCCCCAGACAGUGAAUGCCUACUACCUUCCAACCAAGAAUGAAAUAGUCUUCCCUGCUGGCAUCCUGCAGGCCCCUUUCUAUGCCCGCCACCACCCCAAGGCCCUGAACUUUGGUGGCAUUGGCGUGGUAAUGGGCCAUGAGUUGACACAUGCCUUUGAUGACCAAGGGCGUGAGUAUGACAAGGAAGGAAACCUGCGGCCCUGGUGGCAGAAUGAGUCCCUAGCAGCCUUCCAGAACCACACUGCCUGCAUGGAGGAACAGUACAACCAGUACCAGGUCAAUGGGGAAAGGCUCAAUGGCCGCCAGACGCUGGGGGAGAACAUCGCUGACAACGGGGGGCUUAAGGCUGCUUACAAUGCUUACAAAGCAUGGCUGAGGAAGCAUGGGGAGGAGCAGCAGCUGCCCGCCGUGGGGCUCACCAACCACCAACUCUUCUUUGUAGGAUUUGCCCAGGUGUGGUGCUCGGUCCGCACACCAGAGAGCUCUCACGAGGGGCUGGUGACCGACCCCCACAGCCCUGCCCGCUUCCGAGUGCUGGGCACUCUCUCCAACUCCCGUGACUUCCUGCGGCACUUCGGCUGCCCUGUCGGCUCCCCCAUGAACCCAGGGCAGCUGUGUGAGGUGUGGUAGACUUGGGAAGAAAUGGCUGGCUAUCGCCAGGGCCUGGGACUUCUAGGUUAGGAAAAGCAAGUAGGAGCUGGGCUGGGUCCAGCCCUGUCAUAACCCUAGGUGACAAGAGUAGUCCCCCAUCAACCACCACAUUGUGCCUCUGCUUUGGGAGUGACCCUGCCUCCAGCAGAGCCCCCACCAUUCACUGUGACAUCUUUCCAUGUCACCCUGCCUGGAGGAGAUGGAGAUGUGGGCACCGUUCCUAAAGGAAGGAGUCUGCCUCUUUUGGUCCCCAGGUUAAUGAGCUUGAGGGCUGAAGGUCCUGAUGGGCCCGCCCCACUCCAGGCCCGGGACUGUGCCUCCUAGCUGUUCCCCAGGUUUGCUGUGCCUGGGUUGGAGUGGGCUCAGUUCCUUUCAGCCCCAA